UUGACACUACUUUGUUUACAUCGUGUUUACAUCACAUUCGCAAAUUUAGAAAUAGGCAUUUUAAUAUUAGUUAAAUUACAUAUUCCUAAAGAGUAAAGUGAUUAUGUACCUAACGGAGAUUGUAUUUUAUUUAUGUUACUAUUAUUUGUAACAGCUGAAGCGCAUGCAGAAAAGAGAAGACAACAAACUUAUUAAUUUGUUCAUUAUGUCUUCCUUGAUUUGUUUUGUGUGCCACAACCAUGUUCAUAUGGAUACGAACGACGAAUUCCGUGACAAAUACAGAGAGCUCAUAGGAGUUAAUCUUACCUUGGAUUCAUACCUAUGUGGUAUGUGCUGUCAUAUCUUGGAUAAGUUCUGGUAUUUCAAAUCAGUGUGUAUGAAAAGGAGCUAUAAAUAUCCUGUUCUAUUGAAUGAAAGAGGUACAUUAUAUCUUCAAAAAACAGACAUAGAAACGUUCACAAUGUGUCAUGAAGAUGAUUGCAAAAAAUACGACAAUAGCAUCAAUUUUGUUGACGAAAAUGAAUGUUUAAUUAACGAUUAUGAUAUUUUUAAUGACCAUGAUCAUUUAACUGACAAAAAUGUGGAUUAUAUCAAUACUUUACCUGAUGAUAUAGCUUUAGUAAGUGAUGACGCCAAUGAAAGAAAUAGAUUGAAUAAUGAUAAUCAAAUUGAUGAACAAAAAAUGCAUGAUGGAAACAAUACAGAUUAUAAAUUACAUGCUCAAAGUCCACAAAAUUAUGAUAUACAUCAUUUAGAUCAAGAAGACAAUACCCAAUGUAGGUACGGUGAUGAUUCUAUGAAUGAACUUAAUGAUGUAAGUAAUACUAAUGAUUUAGAAAAUUAUAUAAAUGAUGAAAGGGUUAAAAAUGGGAAAGUUAAAUCAAAAAAGAAGAAAAAAGAAUUUGAUAAAGUUCUCUUAAGUUUAGAAGAACAGAAGGCGGAGUUGGAGAGGAACAGAAAAGAGAAAAAGUAUAUAGAAGCGGAGUUUAAAUGUUAUAAUUGUGCUUUGGGAUUCCUUUUUAAAGAUACAUACCAAGCACAUAUGAUGCGGCAUGAAGAGUCAAACGGUGAACAUCGCUGUGACGUAUGCACGUUACGUUUCGCGUGCCCCGCGGUGCUCCGCUCUCACGCGUCGCAGCACAGCGUCCGGCAUGUGUGUCGUCGCUGCGCUGUGACGCUGCGCCCGCGCGCCAGAGCCACACACAGGGCGCAUUGCUACGGGGAGGGAAAUACGGCUGCGUGUCACAAGUGUGCGAGAUUGUUCAAGAACUCGUCCGGACUCCAGCAGCACCUGAAGCGUUUCCACCGGAGCAGCUCGAAGAGUUACAGGUGCGGUGUCUGCGGGAACAACUAUAGCAGCCAGCCGGCCGUCAGAACUCACAUGUUAACGCAUAUCCAACGCAAAUUCACGUGCGAGUUUUGUCCGGCCAUUUUCAGCAGCCCGUACACGUUGACUCAGCACAAGAAGUCACACGACCCGAGCGCUGCGGUGGACACACACCACUGCGUACCCUGCAAUAAGAGCUUUAAGAAUAAAAAAAGUUUAUUGACUCAUAAGAGGAACGCUAAAUAUCAUCAAGAAGAAAGUUUCGAGUGCGCAGUCUGCGCCCGCGCCUGCGCAAACCAGCGCAGCUUGAACCACCACAUGGAAAGCAUACACUCGGCGACGAGGAGCUACGCUUGCAGCCGCUGCAGCGCUCGAUAUAACACGGACAAAGCGCUGAAGCGACAUAUGAGAGGACACGAUGGUCUUGUCGAAAAGAAGUUAGCUAUCUGUCAUCUUUGUGGGAGAAGUUUCAAGAGUAACAACAAAUUGAACAGACAUAUUCGCGAGGUAUGCGAGAAGGAGAAGCUAGAAGAACAACUGUCUUCAUAUUACGCGCACGAUGAUAUUUGAAUAUCACAUGAUUAGAUGUUGCCCGGGGCUUCGCUCCCGUGGGAAUUUUGAGACAAAAUAUAGCCUAUAGCAAUGUUGGAUAAUGUACCUUUCUAAUGGUGAAAUAAUGUUUGAAAUCGAUUCGGUAGUUUCGGAGAUUACCCGCCUCAAACAUGUAAACUCACAAACGCUUACCUCUUUAUAAUAAUAGUACUUUUUUAUUCUGUUUUUAGUAAUGUUGUUAUAGCGACAGAAAUACAGAAUAAUAGUAAUAAAGAAAAAAUAUAUAAAUAAAAAUGAGAUACAGCCGGACAGAUGGACUGAGUGAUAAAUUAUAUAUACAUAUAGUGAUUACAAUAAAAUAUUAGAUCAAUAA